UCGGCAGGAGGGACCUGCCGCCGCGGUCGGCGCGGGAGCCCCGGCGCGGCCCCCCACCUUGCGCCGCCCCGCGCGGGCGGAGCGGCCCCGAGCGCUGAUGAACAAUCCAGAAAGAGCGUGAGGGCAGGUCCGCCCGCGGCGCGCCGGGCUCCCAGGGGAGCCGCAGAGCCCGAGGACGUGGAGAUGAUCGCGCGGCCCCAGAGGACCCCUGCGCAGUAAUGCCAGCAUGAUGCUACCCUCAGGCCGAAUGUGGAGCUGUCACUGGAAAUGGAAGCCAAGUUCUCUUUUGUUCUUCUUUGCUUUAUAUAUCGUCUGUGUUCCUCACUCAGUGUGGGGAUGUGCCAGCUGCAGGCUUAUCCUCUCCAACCCUUCUGGGGCCUUCACUUCUCCCUGCUACCCUAACGACUACCCUAACAGCCAGGCUUGCAUGUGGACCCUCCGAGCCCCCACCGGCUAUAUCAUUCAGAUAACGUUUAAUGACUUUGACAUCGAAGAAGCUCCCAAUUGCAUUUAUGAUGCAUUAUCCCUUGAUAAUGGAGAGAGCCAGACUAAAUUUUGUGGAGCAACUGCCAAAGGCCUGUCAUUUAACUCAAGUGCGAAUGAGAUGCAUGUGUCCUUUUCAAGUGACUUCAGCAUCCAGAAGAAAGGUUUCAAUGCCAGCUACAUCAGAGUUGCCGUGUCCUUAAGGAAUCAAAAGGUCGUUUUACCCCUGACACUAGAUGCUCACCAGGUGUCUGUCGCAAAAAGCGUCUCUAUUCCAGAGCUCAGCGCUUUCACACUCUGUUUUGAAGCAACCAAAAUUGGCAAGGAAGACACUGAAUGGAUAGCUUUCUCCUACUCAAAUGCAUCCUUCACACAAUUGCUCAGUUUUGGAAAGGCCAAGGAUGGCUAUUUUCUAUCUGUUUCUGACUCAAGAUGCUUCCUGAGCAACGUGUUACCUGUAAAGGAUAAAGAAGACAUUUUCACAGAAAGCUUCGAGCAGCUCUGCGUCGUUUGGGAUAAUUCUCUGGGCUCCGUUGGUGUAAAUUUCAAAAGAAACUAUGAAGCUGUUCCCUGCGAUUCUACCAUUAGUAAAGUUAUUCCAGGGAAUGGGAGAUUGCUGUUGGGCUCCGAUCAAAGUGAAAUUGCCUCUCUAAAAGGGGACAUUUAUAACUUUCGACUUUGGAAUUUUACCAUGAAUUCCAAAACCCUGGCCAACCUCAGCUGCAGUGUGAAAGGGAAUGUGGUCGACUGGCAGAAUGACUUCUGGAACAUCCCAACCGUAGCUCUGAAGGCUGAGAGCAACCUAAGCUGUGGUUCCUACCUGAUCCCGCUCCCAGCAGCAGAACUGGCCAGCUGUGCAGACCUGGGGACCCUCUGCAGAGCUACUGUAAACUCUCCUUGUACUACACCACCCACUGUCACCACUAACAUGCCUGUUACUAAUAGAAUCGGUAAACAAAGCAAUGAUGGAAUUGCCUAUAGAAUUUCCAUAGUGAUUCAAAACGUACUUCGUCACCCAGAGGUCAAAGUACAGAGCAAGGUGGCAGAAUGGCUCAAUUCAACCUUCCAAAAUUGGAACUACACUGUUUAUGUGGUUAAUAUCAGUUUUCACCUGAGCACGGGAGAGGACAAGAUUAAAGUCAAGAGAAGCCUUGUGAUUGAUCAAAGGUUCGUGAUUUGGGCACUUCUAAUUUACAAUGCAACCAACAACCCCAGUUUAGAAGGAGGAGUCAUUCAGCAGAAGCUCUUAAAAAACAACGAGUCCCUGGACGAGGGGUUGAGGCUGUACACGGUGAAUGUGAGGCAGCUGGGUAUAUGUGUUGGUGAGGAGAACCCCAAAGGCUAUCAGUGGCCGACCAUCUCCCCUUCGGAAUACAAGCAUCCCUGUCUAGAGAAGCAGGGGUUUUAUGCCUCACGGACAUGUCAUCCUGCCCCUGACAGCACCUCUUCAGCCUACUGGGGGACCCCUGACCUCUCCAAUUGUUCAAAGGAGGCAAAUGAAGUUGCCAAUCAGAUUUUAAAUUUAACUGGUGAUGGGCAGACCUUAAACUCAGCCAAUAUCACCAGCAUUGUGGAACAGGUCAGGAGGAUUGUAAAUAAAGAAGAAAACAUUGAUAUAACGCUUGGCUCGACUUUAAUGAAUAUAUUUUCUAAUAUCUUAACCAGUCCAGACAGUGACUUGCUCGAGUCUUCUUCUGAAGCUUUAAAAACAAUUGAUGAAUUGGCCUUCAAGAUAGACCUAAGCAGCACAUCACAUGUGAAUAUCACAACGCGGAAUUUGGCUCUUGGAGUGUCAUCCCUGUCCCCAGGGACCAAUGAAAUUUUGAAUUUUAGCAUUGGUCUUCCAAGCAAUAAUGAAUCCUAUUUCCAGGUGGAUUUUGCGAGUGAACAGAUGGAUCCAUUGGCUUCUGUAAUGUUGCCUCCAAACUUACUUGAGAAUUUAAGUCAAGAAGAUUCUGUGUUAGUUAAAAGAGUACAGUUUACUUUCUUCAAUAAAACUGGACUUUUUCAGGAUGUGGAAACCAAGAAAGGCACCUUAGUGAGUUAUGUAAUGGCAUGCAGUAUUGGAAACAUUACUAUCCAGGGUCUGAAGGAUCCUGUUCGAAUUAAAAUCAAGCAUGCGAGAAGCCAGGCUGUGCAUCAUCCCGUCUGUGCCUUCUGGGAUCUGGACAAUGGUGAAGCUUCUGGAUUUUGGAACACAUCAGGAUGUGAUACACAAGGACAUUCAGAUGCAAGCGAGACAGUCUGCCUCUGUAACCACCUCACACACUUCGGAGUUCUGAUGGACCUUCAAGGAACCGCCUCACGGAUGGAUGCAAGAAACACCAGAAUUCUCACCUUCCUCACCUAUAUUGGGUGCGGAAUAUCUGCUAUCUUUUCAGCAACUACGCUCCUGACGUAUGUUGCUUUUGAAAAAUUGCGAAGGGAUUAUCCCUCCAAAAUCUUGAUGAACCUAAGUACGGCCCUGCUGUUCCUGAAUCUCAUCUUCCUCUUGGACGGCUGGAUCACCUCGUUUCACGUAGAUGGUCUUUGCACGGCAGUGGCUGCCCUGCUGCAUUUCUUCCUUCUGGCAACCUUUACCUGGAUGGGGCUGGAAGCAAUUCACAUGUACAUUGCUCUUGUGAAAGUAUUUAACACUUACAUCCGCCGAUACAUACUGAAAUUCUGCAUCAUUGGCUGGGGUUUGCCUGCCUUGGUCGUGUCAAUUGUUCUAGCAAGCAGAAAGCAAAAUGAAGUCUAUGGAAAAGAAAGUUAUGGAAAAGAACAAGGUGACGAAUUCUGUUGGAUUCAGGAUCCAGUCGUGUUUUAUGUGACCUGUGCCGGGUAUUUUGGAGUCAUGUUUUUCCUGAAUUUCGCCAUGUUCAUCGUGGUGGUGGUGCAGAUCUGUGGCAGGAACGGCAAGAGAAGCAACCGCACGCUGCGCGAAGAGGUCUUAAGGAACCUGCGCAGUGUGGUCAGCCUGACGUUUCUGCUGGGCAUGACGUGGGGUUUUGCUUUCUUCGCCUGGGGACCCUUAAAUGUCGCUUUCAUGUACCUCUUCUCCAUCUUCAAUUCAUUACAAGGCUUGUUUAUAUUUGUCUUCCACUGCGCCAUGAAGGAGAAUGUCCAGAAGCAGUGGAGGCGGCAUCUCUGCUGCGGGAGGUUUCGGUUAGCGGACAACUCAGACUGGAGUAAGACAGCUACCAAUAUCAUCAAGAAGAGUUCUGACAAUCUCGGAAAAUCUUUGUCCUCAAGUUCCAUUGGUUCCAACUCCACCUACCUUACAUCCAAAUCGAAGUCCAGCUCCACAACCUACUUCAAGAGGAACAGCCACACUGACAGUGCUUCCACGGACAAGCCCUCCUCCAAGCUGACCCAUGCUGACGGAGAGCAGACGUCAAUCAUUCCUGUCCAUCAAGUCCUUGAUAAGGUCAAGGGUUAUUGCAAUGCUCAUUCAGACAACUUCUAUAAAAAUAUUAUCAUGUCAGACUCCUUCAGCCACAGCACAAAGUUUUAACGUCUGUAAUAUAAGAAAGAGGACUCAGUCUGCAGAAAUGUGAAGAUCUGCACGCAGUGAAAACCGUGACUAGCAGAUGUAAACGUGCAAUUGUCUAAGUAACUGCAUAUAUGUGAGGACUGUAUUUCGUUAAGAAGCCUUUUGUGAAAUUCAGACUCUGUCUUUUGAGUGUAUUUCUGCCACAGGGGAGUUUCCAUCAUCACCAAAACUUCAGUUCUGAGAGAAACAUGACUCAGUACCCAUAGGGGAUGUGAUUUUUUUAAAUAUAUAAUUGAACCAGGCUAAUCAGACCUCGGGGACAUUAAAGGAGUGAUGGGAGAGGCAGAGCUGGGGAGGAGCCCUGGUUCAGAGCUCACGCACACCCUACCUGAUAGUUAGGUUUGGAUGUGGCCAUUAGCUACAUUGUCUUUCUCAACACUCAGAAGCGUCCGGAUAUUUCUUACUAUUCUGGACGCCCACAGUCCCAUCUCAGUGCUAGUUUCUCUGAAAGCAGUAGCACUUCCUCUUUUUCAGUGAAAUUUCAACCACAGAUACAAAAGAAUGUUUAAUGUCUGACUCAAGGCUUAGAAAGGAAUUUUUCUGCUUAUACCAAACAUUUAACCUUCGAGACCCUAACAUGCUUAAGAAAGAAAGGAUUCCCCAAAUUUUGACCUAGUUAAUAUGAGGGCGUGUAAAUUUCUUUUUCACUUAUCCUGUUCGUCACCCAAGGCUUGAGCGUCAUCAUCGUUAUAACCCCAUGUAUCUGAAUCACGUCAGUGCUGGCGUUCCGUGAGCAUGGGUCUCACAGCAGUGCUUGAAGGACAAAUCCCCUCCACCUUUGCUUUCGCUCCUCUGCUGUGUCUUGAGUCCAUGGCUCAUGGGAGGAAUGAGAAUUGCCAUGAGGCAUGCUGUGUACCAUAGUCUCUCCCUUUUAGGAAAUACAACCAUUGAGGCUCCGUGGUCCUGUCCUUGCUCUAGAGACUUGAAGACAUUUCCACUUGCGUAAAUAAAAAGCCUCUUAUUUCCUCCUUCAGGAGUUUUGUCCCAAGGAAUAGAAACUGGGACAUGUGGGUGACUUAUCAUAAUCAAACUAAUUUAUAAACAUGUGGGUCUACAACUGCUAGUCUAAAAACCAUCUGUACAUAAGUCCUCUGAUUAUAAGAGCCAGAGGAGAUCUGGCAAGGUAGAUGGUGUGUUAUUUAUGGGUUAGGUUUCUGCCUACAAGCCAUGCAUAAUAUUGAGCAACUUACCCAACUUUCAAACUAUCCUGAGUAAUACGCUUGCUAGUGAAUGUGUAGGAGAUUACAUUUUAAUUGUUCUUAAAUGAUGGAGCCAUUUCCAGUGUCUUAGAAAUUGGUCUCAGCACAUGCUGUACCUGUCCAUCUGCUCCAGCUUAUCUGGGAAGUGUUGGGGUCUGGGAGGUAGUGGCCUGUGAUGAGGAGAUGAGAAUUCUGGCAGAGCCAGUCUGCUGAAACACAGAAGCCAGAACUGAGCCACUGGGGGCCUUUCUCUGGGCACAGAGCAGGUAGCCCUUGGUCUAAGAUGCAGGACAGCUUUCAGGCUAUGCAGCAACCAAAGGGCUUCUCACCUUUUGCUGAUCUUCCAUCAUGAAGCAAUUUGCAGACUUGAAUGGAUGGUAAGAUGAUGUGGUGGUGGGUUUUUAUUACGGUUCCAUUUUGCAGCAGCCUGGAACACUGGCCUGGGAGAGAUGAGCAUGCCCACCUUGGCCUUCACGGGCGAGGGGUGUGGAUCAUAGGAAAGGAGAGUAAUAACGUCACUAGAUUCGCUCCAGGAGAGCCAGGUCCUUUCUGUAGGUGAUAGAACAGGCUGCUUAUUCUGGCAGAGGUGACAUACAGAUGAAAAUUCACCUUCAGUAGUCACUGAACCUUCAUAUGCUUCCUCGCAAGCCUUAGAGAUUCAUGGUAGAAUUUAAUUAGCUUUCUACUGUGAGAUUUCUAUGCAAAGUGCUUAUUUAGUUUUUAGUAAUUUAAGAGAGAGCUUCAAAAAUGGCUUUGAUUUCUACUCAUGUUCAUCCAGAUCUGGGAAAACACUUUUUUUUCAUAUUUGACAAUAACGUCAGCUCCACUUUAGAAAAAUGAAGAACCAGCUGAACAGAAGCCUUUGCAAUGGAUGUCGAAGGCCCAUCUUUCUGAGGGCCCAGCGCUCAGCAGGCGGUCCUCCCCUGCGCUGGCCCUCAGAACAAAGGGACAGGAAUUCAGCUGUGGAGCCAAAAUUUAGUUUAGCCUAACUUUGAGAAUAACAUCAAUUCAGAAUCUGGGUUUUUUCUUCUUCUUCUUUUUCCUCUUUUUAGACUAUAUUUUGUUAGAGGCUUAGUCUAGGCUCCUGAGCUAUUUUCCAGUCUUGUCACCAUUACUUGCUUUGUAAAGCUUUUCUUUGUUGUCGGCAUAGACUCUUUUGUACAUAUUUAUUUAUUUGUGUUUAUAAAUGUCAGCUUGUUUCAUAUCUUAGCUUUAAAUUGCCUGGCUUGUUAUUUUAAUUAACUUUCUGUUGGAGAGUCUGUAUAUAUUUUUUUCUAAAUACUUGGUGAAAUGUUUUUCUGUAGCAGUAUCUUUGAAUAUGAUGAAUAAAAGUGACUGUGAGUGUGAAUUAGAAUUAGUAGUAAGAGCUACUACAGCUGAUUUGCCAUUUUACUUAAAUGGAAAAUGUUUUUCAAAUAAAUACUUAUGUUGUUCGUGUUCCAAAUUA